AUGUUUCAUGAGUUUCUAUAAGAGUUGGGUACAUUGAAAAAUGCAGAACUUCCAUUUCCUUUCCGUAACUAAUUCAAAAUAAAAGAGAAUUUCAUUAAUCCUAAUAGCAAACAUUUUGACUCUAUAGCCUAAAAGUUACUAAAAUCAUUAAUAUUAUAUUAGAUUAUUAUCUGAAGAGAAGGCUGGUAUUAAACGAAAAUGGGACAAAUAAUGUAAGAUGAUGUUUAUUUGGAUCUUGGGUAAAUUCUUUUAAUUGAAAAACAAAAAGACAAUAAACCCAAAUUAAGAGGAAUGGGUAUAAUUGGCAUCAAUUCUUUAAAUUGAUGAAACUACAUUAAAAUAAAGAUGGAUUACAUUAAUCAAUCCAGUUUCUAAGAGUAUUAAUUGGGAUCCAGAAGAAGAUGAAAUAAUUAAGUCACUAAUGAAGUGAGUUUAUUUAUAUAUAUAAUAUAUAGUGAAUAAGAUGAAAAGCAUAUAUGGACACAUAUUGCACUUGAAUUAUAUAAUCAAAAUAAUGGAUAAUUCAUUAGAACACCUAAAUAAGUUAGAGAAAGAUGGAUGAAUUACUUAAAUCCAAAACUUAAAAAGUAACCUCACUUAUUAAAAACAAUAGAACUAAUUGGAGUCAGUAAGAAGAUCUUCAAUUAUUAAAUACAGUUGUCAAAAAUGGAAAGAGAUGGUCACUCAUAUCUACAUUACUUGAAGGUAGGACUGAGAACUAAGUUAAAAAUAGGUAUAAAUUAACACUAUCAUUUUAUAGAUUCAAAAGUUUAAUAUAAAAAAUAUAUAAAGAUGAAGAAGAUGAUGAUAUUGAGGAAUUACAAGCAAUUAAAGAAUAUUUGAAUAAAUAAAAUAUAGAGUAAGAAUAAGAACCUCAAAAAGAAGAACCUUAAAUUAGAACUUAAUAUUCAAGAUAAGCAAAAUUAAAAUUUAAUCUAAGAGACAAGAAAAAAGAUAUUAUUCAAGAACCUCCCUAAAUAGUAGUAUCUUAAGAAAUAUAAACUAAAAAGAGAAAGAUUAGUUCUUAAAUCAAAGAUUUUCUUAACAUAGCUGAUCCUGUAAUAUAAUAAUCAUAAAAAUUAUAAUAAACUCAAAAGACAAAAUAAAAAGAAAUUAAAUCUAAAUAAUAAUAAUAAUAAUAAUAAUAAUAAUAAUAGAAUACAAGAUAAUAAUAAUUAGAAUAAAUUAUCAUUAAAUAAAAUGAUGACUAAUAAUUAUUAGAAUAAUCAUCUUUUCAACUUGAUCAAUAAUAAAAAUUAGUUUCUUAAUAAUAUUAAAUACCUUAAUUAUAAUUAAAUGAAAAUAACAAGAGAGAUUUAUCAACACCAAACACCUUAUCUUAUUAUUUUCAACCAUAACUUUAACAAAUUGAAGAAUUAAAGAAUGAUCAAUUUAGAUUAAAAUAAGUUUAAAUGUCUCCUAUUUAAUAAUAAUAAUAAUAAUAAAAUCAAGUACUAUAUUAAGGUUUUCGUCCAUAUCAAGAAGAAAUUCCCUAAUAAAUAUAAUAAACUCCUGUAUAAAUGUUAAUGGGAUAAUAUUUUAAGAAUUAUCCAUAAAAUUAUAAUCUUAUUUCACCAUUCCCAUAAAUUAAUUAAACACCUAUGGUUUAUACACCUGCACAACCAAUGUAUAUGUAUAAUAACAACAAUCCAUAUAUGGGUAUGUCACCCUUACUCAUACGAAGUCCAUAUCAAGAAAUGUCCCCUAGUGUAUAACCUUAAUUACCAUCUUUGUAAUAAUAGAAUUUGUGGUAAACUCCACAAUAGACAACUAUUGAUUAGAUGUAAUGUGAUUAGUUAAAACAAUAAUAGUUUGUACAUAUAUAUAUAUUAAUUAGAAUACAAAUUUGGAAUUUCUAAAAUCUAAUAAUUUACUUAAUUCAUGGAUUAAAAAAAGAACCAAUGAAAAAUAAAGUUAACCAUUUUAAGACUCAUUACAAUCACUUGAUUAAUGA